AAAAAAUUUAUAACCGUAACCGGUGGUUAAUCGACCGUAACCGUAAUAACCGUAACCGUAGUCAUGCCUAGACCAUGUUAAAGUCUAGUCUUUGCCAAGACCCAAGAUCCAAGAUCCGAGAUAUACCCACUCUGGAUCCGACCUAUUUAUUCAUCUCUUUCUUAAGCCGUCACAUUUCAAUUUCAAUUCAGAUCGUUGAACAAUAAUGGACUCGUCGGAGAUCGAAGUAGUGCCUCUGGAUUCCAACUCUCACCAAAACCCUAACGAUUCACCAACCAUCACCGACGUCUUCUCCGCCUCUGCUUAUGGCGAUCUCCACCAACUUAAGCAUUUCGUCGAACAUAAUGGCUCUUCAGUUUCUCUUCCCGACGAUAAUGGCUACUACGCUCUUCAAUGGGCAGCACUCAACAAUUCCCUCCACGUUGCUCAAUAUAUCAUCGAGCAUGGUGGUGAUGUUAAUUCAGCUGAUAAUAUACAACAGACACCAUUGCAUUGGGCAGCUGUUAAAGGCUCCAUUGAUGUUGCUGACCUUUUACUGCAAAAUGGAGCUCGUAUUGAAGCUGUUGAUGUCAAUGGGUUCAGGGUAUAUCUUCUUUCUGUGGCAGUUCAUGUUGCUUCUCAAUAUGGACAGACAGCAUUCUUGAAUCAUAUUAUUGUGGACUAUGCAGCUGAUUAUAACGCACUGGAUAAUGAAGGGAGGAGUCCACUACAUUGGGCUGCUUACAAUGGAUUCACAGAAACAGUUCGAUUACUUCUCUUCCGGGAUGCAUGUCAAAAUAGACAAGAUAACACAGGUUGCACUCCUUUGCACUGGGCUGUAAUUAAGGAAAAUGUUGAGGCUUGUACACUGUUAGUUCAUGCUGGAACUAAAGAGGAACUGAUAUUGGAAGAUAACACUGGAUCCACUCCACUUAAGCUUGCAUCUGAUAAAGGUCACAGGCAGCUCGCUCUUUUCCUUUCGAAGGCAAUGCGAACUCAUAAUAAUAGUUUUUUGGACAAGAUCUUUUGUGGAAAAUUGGGAGAGACUAGCUAUGCUCCUAUGUUGUUCAGCUUAAUAGUCAUUCUUAUGGUCCUCUUCAUCACAUCCAUUGUUUCAGCUUCUAAUCUCCCAAAGAUAACUGCUAUGGUUGGUCUAUGGGCGUGUUUCGGUCUUUCAUGUGGUGUUUACGCACUGAUAGCUUUCUAUCGUGUUACCAGAAAAGAUCCCGGGUACGUUAAAAGAACUGGUGAAGUUAACAGCCAACAUACUGCCAACGACCCUUUGAUUGAUAUCAAUUUCAAAAACCCCUCAUGGAAAGGAAACUGGUCCCAACUCUGCCCUACUUGCAAGAUAAUUAGACCGGUGCGAUCUAAGCACUGUCCCACCUGUAAGCGCUGCGUUGAGCAGUUUGACCAUCACUGCCCUUGGAUUUCCAACUGUGUCGGUAAAAAAAAUAAACGCGACUUUUUAGUCUUUGUGAUCAUGGGAGCUUUAACAUCAUUCGUUGGUGGCACAACUGCUGUUCAAAGAUUAUGGAGAGGUAUCCCACAGAUACACCACAGAGAAUCAUGGAUUAAACAUAUAGUCAUUGAACACCCCGAUGCUGCUGUGUUUCUGUUUUUCGACUUACUCAUUUUCAUUGCGACAAUGACGUUGACAAUCUCACAAUCUUAUAUGAUAGCUCGGAAUAUUACAACCAACGAAUUAUGGAACGCAAAAAGAUUCAGUUAUUUGCGGGGACCUGAUGGAAGAUUCUACAACCCAUAUAACCACGGCUGGCGAAGAAACUGCACCGAUUUUUUGCUUCAUGGCUACACCAGGGACGACGAGGUUGUCCCGUCUUCAAUUCUCUGAAUUUACAUCUCCUCAUCUCAUUGUUACAUGCACAAACCUUCUGAUUCAGUGUAAUAUGUAUAUAGAUAUCUCCUAUGUUGCAAAGUGGGUUCAAGUUUCUUCUCCUUUACUUGACACACGUCUUACACUGUAAUUUUUUCCUUUAUAUCACUCACCAGUUUUACCAUAA